AAAAAGGCAAAAUCCUUGAUGUUUUUUCUUCCUGUUUUCAGAAGAAUUUUGCUUUCACCUGGUGAGGGAGAGUAUCUAUAUCUCUCUCUUUAAAAGAUUUCGGUGAUGUAAGGCCGCUCAGGUAGAGGUGUUGUAAAAUAGGAUGCUGGACUAUUGCCAUUUGCUUUCUUGCAUUUUGUAUCUUAUAUUUUUAAAAGGAUAUCUGUAGAGUAUGAGGGCUACAGUUUGAGCUUGAAAGCCUGUAUCUGCUUUUAUGGCUUUCUACCUUAUCAUAUAAAAGUGCUCGUAACUCAGAUCUCUGUAGCUGCCUCUGCUGACUUGCUCUUCUUGGUGACUGGGUUGGUUUGUUUUCUGCAAAGAUGUCUUCCUAUGGACAGAUGAUUAGCUCCCGCUGUGCUGAGCCAUGUGAAGUAACAUGCCCACAACCAUAUGUCAACUGUUGGAACGAACCUUGUGUCAGCUCAUGUGGAGACUCAAGAGCAAUCGUGUAUGCACCGCCCGUUGUCGUGACUUUCCCAGGACCCAUUAUAAGCUCCUGCCCUCAGGAGAGUUUUGUGGGAACUGCUAUGCCUGAAAUUGAGGGUCAGAUUGGCUCUGGAGGUGGAGGAAUAGGUUCUGGAGGUGGAGGAAUAGGUUCUGGAGGUGGAAUUGGCUCCGGAGGUGGAGGAAUAGGCUCUGGUGGUUCCUGUGGUGGAGGCAGCUCCUACGGGACGGGCUCUCAUGGUUCAGGCGGUUCUUGUGGUGGCAUAGGAGGGGGCUCAUAUGGUGGGGAAAGCUCAUGUGGUGGUGGAUUCUCCCGUUUGGGAAACUUUUACCGAAACUCAUAUUUUUCAGGAUAUGGUAGAUAUUAUUCCCCCUUUUUUUCCAGAGGGUAUUAUAGGUAUCGCUAUGGAAAUUAUGGGCCAUUUUAAAUCUUUAAGAAAGAUUAAUGACUGGAGAAAUAGUAAAAUACAAGCUAGUAGCUGACAUAUAGACCUGGAAAUCAGACAUGCCAAGCAGCCUCUGCUCCAGCCUAUGUCAGAGGAGCUGGGGUUGCUUGGGAUCUCAUUGCGCUUUAUCUAAGGCUUAUGAUCCCAAUGUUGCCUCACUUUGUCAUUUGCUCAUGUUAUGUUUUGUUCUUUCUGAACCUGAAAAGGGUAAACCAAGUAAUGGAAUUUGACUGUAAAAGCAUCCAGCUGAAAGAAGAACACCUUGUGAGCCCUGUGCUGCUCUGAACGAUUGAUUGAUUGUAGCACUUGUUUGAAAUGGAAAUUACAUUCUUUGUCUCUUCCUUGCCUCAUUCUGCAAGAAUGUAUUCCAGUCUUUGUUUCUA